AUGGAUAACAGCAGCUUGGGAUUGCACCAUGAUGCUAAUGCAUCUCUUCAGACUGAACUUCAGUCCUGUACUACACUGAGGAAUCAGGCUUCUCGCAUUUUUCUGUAUGGCUUCUUCUCUAUAGGCAUUGUUUGCACAGUGGUGGGCAACUUCCUAGUGGUCUUGUCCAUUGCUUACUUCAAGCAGUUGCAGUCACCCACAAACUCCUUCGUCAUGUCCCUGGCUGUGGCUGACUGCCUUGUUGGCCUGGUAGUGAUGCCAUAUAGUAUGAUUCGGACCGUAGAAGGGUGCUGGUACUUUGGUGUCCUUUUUUGUAAGCUUCAUUCUAGCCUAGAUGUCAUGCUCUGCACUGCCUCCAUAUUCCAUCUCAGCUGUAUUGCCUUUGACCGCUAUUACGCUGUCUGCAACCCACUAGUUUACUCCUUAAAGAUGUCCCACAAUCGUGUAAUUCUCCUCAUUGUCGUAUGUUGGGCUGUUCCAAUGCUCAUUUCCUUUGGUCCCAUAAUGCUAGAUCUCCAUAUUGCCGGUGUGAACAUCCUGCUCCCUGAAAACGUAUGUGUCUUCUUGGUCAAUCGCAUUUAUGCUGUCAUGGCUUCCUUGGUAGCCUUCUACCUGCCUAUGGCGACUAUGUUGGUGGCCUACUGGAAGAUCUUCAAAGCUGCCAAACGACAGGCCAGGCAGAUCAGCGCCAUGGAAAGCCAGAUGGCUGCUGGAGUGGGCAAAGACUCGAGCAAGAAACAACGACAUAGGAAUACCAUGAAGAGAGAGGGAAAGGCAGCAAAAACUUUAGGUAUCAUUAUGGGAGUUUUCCUAAUCUUCUGGAUGCCCUUCUUUACAGUCAACAUUGUGGACCCUUUCAUUGAAUACAGCACGGAGGUGGUCAUCUGGGAUAUAUUUUUGUGGCUAGGAUAUAUCAACUCAUCCCUAAAUCCCUUCCUGUAUGGUUUUUUUAACCGUUCCUUCCGUAGGGCGUUCCUCAUGUUCAUGGGCUGUAGAGUAUGCCUGCCUGGAUCCUCCCCUGGGAUGGACCUAUCGCAUACUAGGAAAGAGGCCAAUGAACGUGCAGAUCAACCAUAA